AUUAGAAACGUAACAUUUAAUCUUUAAUUAUUAAAGUAAAAAGGUAAUAAUUUCAUCAAUAGAUUAACUUUCCAAACAAUAUUUACUGGGGUUAUUUAUGUGCUUUUACAGUUGUAUAACUUGUGCAAGUUUAGUUAACAGUAAUAAACAACUUAACAACUUGAAUCAACCUGUUUGCUGUUAUCAUUAAUACCAUUGCGAUUCCUGUCGAUCAAUUUUAAUUUUACUCGUAAAUUAUUGACUUUAAAUUGUGAUUAAUUUGCCAACCCAUCGACUAUCCCAAUUUAUAGAUUUGGAAUCUAUGUAUACAAUUGAAUAAUAACUGAACAUGGAAAGACAACUGGAACAACAGUUUGUGAUCAUCGCUAUUAGACUUCAUUAUUGUCAUCAAGGUUGCAACUUCUAGUGACUUACCUGUUCUAGUCUAGGUAAAUCUGUUCUUCUCAUUUUGCUCAAAGCACCAAUUGAAGAUUUUUUCCCACCAUUAUCUUUGUAUCAUCAAAAACAACAGCCAGUAAAAAAUAUCUACGUGUUAAAGUCCGAGUUUCAGGACUAUUUAGUCACUCGCGCUUCACAACAUGUCAUCCAAUAAUGAAACCAGGAUGGAGUCUACCUUUUUAAAAGUUAACCGACGAGGAGGAUUAAUGAAUCGUCGUAUAAUCAUCGACGAACAAAAUAAAACAAUGGAAUAUCAUAGAUACCGGAAAAAGCUGACUUUUCAUAAAAAAUCAAUCUAUUCAAUUCAAGACAUAACAGACCUUCGACAAGGAUGGAUGACUACUAAAUUCAAAAAGAUAGAGGAAAAGAUGCGUCGUCUUUGGAUGAAAGGCAAACAAGACACGUCAAAUAACUGGGUUAGAGAGGAAUGUUCAUUUUCAAUUGUGUUUGGAACUGAUAAGACAUUUGAUUUAAUUGCUGCCGAUUCUAUUGAAAGAGAAUUUUGGUUAAAUAAAUUGCGAUAUAUCAUGUUUGAAGCGAAAACAGCCAAGAAAACUAAAGAUCGACGAGCUUUUGUUGAAAAAUGUUUUAAAGAAGCAGACAAAGAUGGUGAUCGUUUUAUAAAUUUCUUCGAAGCUAUGAGUAUCCUCAACCGACUAAACAUUGCCAUCAAUAAUGAGCUUGCUAAAGAGCUUUUCCAGAAAUCAGCGAAAAAACAUUCUACCAGGAAAAGUGACGAAGAAGUUUUAGAUUUGGACGAAUUUUUCAUCUUUUUUGAUAGUCUUGAGCACCGAUGGGAAGUGGACAAGCUAUUUCGCCAAUAUGCCAAGUCAGGAGGAACUACAAUGGGACCCGAAGAGUUACAACAAUUUUUUAAAGAAGAGCAAGGAAUUGAUCUCUCUCUGGAUACUUGUCAAAAAUAUAUUGAUAAAUUUCAAACUUCAUGGUAUGCUUCAUUGUCCACUAACCUCUUAGAAGCAUCUCAAAGGCAACCCGCUUCAUCUCAAAUCCUUGAAUUGUACAUGAAUUCGAAAGGAUUUGAAGCAAUGCUCACCUCAUCUGAAUUUGAUUUGUUCAACCAGGACCAUUACAAUACACACCAAGAUAUGAAUCGACCAUUAAAUCAUUACUACAUUCUGUCAUCACAUAAUACAUACCUGUUAGCUGGACAAUUAGUUGGAGACAGUAGCAUUGAAGGUUAUAUUGAUGCUAUGAGAAGAGGAUAUCGAUGCGUUGAAUUGGAUAUUUGGGAUGGUAAUGAUAAUGAAGGACCCAUCGUUUAUCAUGGAUACACUAUGGUUUCCAAACUAUUACUUAAAGAUGUAUUGGAAGCUAUUGGAGCGUAUGCUUUUGAUACUACACCUUAUCCAUUAAUACUGUCUCUGGAAAUUAAUUGUUCCCAGGAGCAGCAAAGUUCAGUCGCAGGACUUUUGGUUGCAAUCCUUGGAGAUAAGUUAUAUAGAAGGCCGAUCAUUCCGAACGAACGUGAAUUACCAAGCCCUGAAAUGUUAAAGAAUAAAAUAUUAGUCAAAUCUAAAGGACGCCCCUCUGGUAGUGAAGAUACCGAUUCUUCUUCUUCUGAAUCAUCAGAAAGUGAAGAAGAACUCAAUGAGACUCGCCGAUACAUUACGGACAGAAGGUAUUCAGUUUCUGCAGUUGCCAAAUCAUCUUCGGGUAAAUCAAAAAAACAUAAAAUAUCGAACAAUUUAGCGGAUCUAGCAGUCUAUUGUUCAGCAAAAAAGUUCCGUAGCCUUGAAGAUACAUUAUCAUGGAAAUUCAAUGAAAUGUUUUCUCUCAAGGAAACCGUCUCAGCGGAUUUGGCUAAUUUUUACACAAAAGAGUACAUUGCUUGUACUGCUAAACGUUUAGUCAGAAUUUAUCCCAAAGGUUCUAGAUUUAAUUCAUCAAAUUACGACCCUACAAUCCAUUGGAACGUUGGGUGUCAGAUGGUGGCUCUUAACGUCCAAACUCUUGGUAAACAUUUGUUAAUCAAUGAAGCUCGAUUUGCUACCAACGGACACUGUGGUUAUGCAUUGAAGCCAGAUUUUCUUAUGAAAACAAAAGAAGGACAAUCACCAAAACCUCUUCGCCUUGAAUUGACCGUCUUGAGCGGUCAACACUUGAGGAAUACAGAUGCAAGCCCAGAGGAUGAUAUAAUUGAUCCUUAUGUAAAAAUAUCUGUGAUUGGACACGGUGAAGAUAGACAAAAAAUGACGACUAAAGCUAUUUCCAAUAAUGGUUUUAAUCCGAUUUGGCUAGAAACUUUCGUAUUGACCAUAAAUUUUCCAGAAUUAGCAUUCCUCUAUUUUAAAGUCAAAGAUGAGCGACUAAGUGGCAAAGAUGCCAAGUUGGCUGGAAAUGUGAUAGCGGUUACAUCAAUGCGAACAGGCUAUAGACAUUUACAAUUAUUAGACAAUCGUGGUAAAAAAAUUGAUGGCUGUACACUUUUCUUGAAAGUCCAUACGGAAUGACGAAUUGUUAAUUUGCUUUAGGAUUUUUUUAUCUUAAAUUUAUUUCAUAUUUUAACUUUCCUUUUGAAAGAAAUGUUAUAAUCAGAUGUCAGAUUUAUUAAAUUACCAUUAUUGUUGUAUUUAAAAUAUUUCAGAAUCAUAAUCAUGUCUGAAAGUUUUGUUCUACAUGUUACUUCCCAACAAGUUUUUCAUGAAAUAAUUUAAAUUGUUGCCUCUAUUCAUCCUCGUAAAGUAUAUUUAAUCAAAUAUACAAUUCAAUCAAGAAA